AUGGAUGUACCCGGAGAGAGAGAGACCCUUCUGGGGGGAGGACAGACGACCCCCGCGGUGAGGAGGGUCGAGAGGAGACCGACGACGAGGAGGAGCGUGUUCGCUUUGGGACUGAUCCUGAUCCAAGGUAAGGAGGAGCUGCUGCUGUUCACCAACAAAGAGAGAGAGAGAGAGAGAGUUCAUGUGUUCAUGUUCAUUCAUUUACUGCCUCAAACUCACUGCAGAUCCACGCAGAUCCACUCACCUCCGUGUUUCUUUUUAAACCUUUUGUAGUGUUUUUGUUGUUCAGAGUUUUUGAUCAUUUCAAACAAAAAUCUGUUUCUUCUCAGAGUUUGUGUUUUUUUUUCUGGGGGGUGAAGUUCCUCCUGGGGGGUGAAGUUCCUCCUGCUCUGCUCCUUUCAGGCUGAACUCUGCAGAGUUGAACUCCUGUUUGUGUGGGGGGUCCACUGGGGAAGUGGGGCACUCGUCCCCCUCCCCCACUCACCCACUUUUGGGGGAAAAACAACAAACGAAGCCUCUCUCUCUCUCUCUCUCUCUCUCUCUCUCUCUCUCUCUCUCUCUCUAUUUCUCUCUCUCUCUUUCUCUCUCUCUCUCUCUCUUUCUCUCUCUUUCUCUCUCUCUCUGUCUCUGUCUCUCUCUCUGUCUCUGUCUCUCUGUCUCUCUCUCUCUCUCUCUCUCUCUCUCUCUCUCUAUUUCUCUCUCUCUCUCUCUCUCUCUCUCUCUCUCUCUCUCUCUCUCUCUCUCUCUCUCUCUCUCUCUCUCUCUCUCUCUCUCUCUUUCUUUCUUUUCAUGUGCUGAAAGAGUGAAAACAGAAACAUCUCUUCACUUUGAGGUUCUUGUCUCUUCUUUUCAUUUCUUCGUUCUCGUCCUCUCAGAUAGCAGGAGUUCUCCUCUUCACCUCCUCCUAUCUCCGUCUUUGUUCCUCCUCUCUGGAUCCACAGUUUCUUUUCCUCCAUCAUGAAUUCCUCCUUCCUCCCCUCUCCUCUCCUCUCCUGGUCAUCCUCGUCUCCUUCUGUUCGUUUAAAUCACUCGUUCACUCUGAUAUUCGAGUCUGUUGAUGUUUGGAGUCUUCAGAGAUGAUCGAUGAUCUUUAUCAAAGUGAAUCAAUAAAUAUCUGUUAGUCGUUCUGAAUGUGAAGAAACCAAAGUGGGUCUUUUUGAUGGUUCUGACUUCCAGCCUGCACACAGGACUGAAACAGUCGGUCAGAGAUGAACAUCUGACCGACUGUUUACCGUCAUGAAAGACGAGAAAAUUCAAAAAUCCUGAAAUUAUUUCAAAGCUGAAACUAAUGAAAAUAACAAUAAUCAAUCAGGUGAUUGAUCUGUUUAUUACGCCUUUGUAACUCCGCCCUGUUAUCGUGUUUACUGACUGUUUUUAUUGAUCAGUUAGUCUAAAUAUGGUCACAGUAUAAUUGUCUAAAUACUGUGUUUGAUCGGUGCUGACUCUGGGUUUUUAUUUCCCUCUGGGAUCAAUAAAGUAUCGAUCAAUCACUGAUAAUCACUGAUAAUCCAGAGCAGGUGUGUGGUCCGGUCCGGUCCGGUUCUGUGUUCUGGAGGAUUAUGGUGUCAAAGUAAAGAGAGAGAGUGACGGGGUUAGAGGUGAGGAAAAGGAGGAAGAGGAGAAGGCUGAAGAGAGGAGGCUGCUGACCUCCUCCUCUGAUGGUUGGAGGACUCCUUCACUGGCCUCCUCCUCCUCCUCCUCCUCCUCAGUUCUCCUCCUCGGCGCAGCAGAUCCUGAUCCUGUCGUGGUGGUUCCUCCUGUCACAGCUCCGUCAGGUUGAUCUGGUCUGUGGUGGUGAAGUUCUGAUUGUGUUGUUCCUCAGCCGUCAGCGGACCUCCAUCAGACAUUCCUCUGAGUGACCCCCCCCCCUCCUGUGGAUGAAUGUGUCCUCUGUCUGCCUGAGAGUGUGUGUGUGUGUGUGUGUGUGUGUGUGUUUACAGAGCUGCUGCUGAGUAGAGCAGAUCCAGGUACUUUCUCCUGACGGCCCCACGCUAUUUUUAAAACGGUGCUCUGAGGGUGGGGGUGGUGGCGGUGAAUGUUGGCGUUGUUUUGGAGGAGGGUCUGGUCUUCAGACUCUCUGAGCAGAAAGAUGUUCAGAGUUUCUGUCUCCUGGUUUCUGUCUCCUCGCUGUGAUAGAAGCAGGAUCUCAGAGUGAAGCUGGACCUUCUCAGAAGGUCUGAGGAGGAAAACAGACGAGAGUCAUGAAGGAACUGUUCUUCAGGAGAGGUUCCACAAACGUGGAGGUACUUCAUCAUGAGGUGUUGGUGUCUCUGCAGGUGGAGGUUAGAGGUCAGAGACGUGGUGAUGGUUGGAGCUCGACUCCGUCUGGAUCAUCAGUUUGAUUGUUUCUCUCUGAUGGACCUGCUGAUGGACCUUCUUUAUUUCAAUAAGAGGAGUCUUAAAAACACACUGUGCUUUUAUUUUGAAAAGCUUUUGUGAAGAUAAGUUCUGAUCCGUUCUCCUCUGACUUCAGCUGAUGGGGAUCAACCACGGCCCUCAGCUGAUCGUCUCCUGGUAACACGCACGCCAAAAAUCCCGCCAUCCAGAGCGUCGACUCAUGAGUCGAGCUGAAGGUGAAGGUGGAGAUCUUUCUUCUCCACCGGAGAACUCUGUCAGAGAUGUUAGAUCUCUUCAAGAUUCACGACUCAUUAGGUCCAUCAGAUCUCUGCAGGUUCUUCUCUUCACUCAGGUUCUUUAGAAACAAGCCUGAGGUCACCACCCAGAACUCUCCAGAACUUUCCUGAACCUUCAAACUUGAACCCGUCCUCCUGUUUUCAGCCGUGAUGAUCAAAUUCAGAUUUUAGUUUGUCAUGUUUGUGACCUUCAUCAGUCUGACCUUCAUCACUCUGACCUUCAUCGUUCUCAGCAGGAGGAGCUUCAGUCUUGAACCUCACUGAUGUUUUAGUGACUCUGAGGAAACAUCUCCUCUCUGUGGGUCUAAAACUUUAGGAGAACUUUCCCAGGCAGGUGUGAGGCCCUGCUGAGGAGAAGUUCUCUUCCUCCCUCCUCCUCCUCCUCCCUCUCCUCCUCUCUCCUCUCUCCUCUCUCUCCUCCUCCUCUCUCCUCCUCCUCCUCUCUCCUCCCUCCUCUCUCCUCUCUCCUCUCUCCUCCUCCUCCUCCUCCUCCUCUAAAUCCCUGUUUUGUUCUCCUGUCAGACUCGGAGCAGCGCCUCAUUCUCUCGUACAAACGUGCAGGAAUUCCUCGUUUGGCUGCGGCCGUUAAAGGGGGGGGGGGGGGUGGUUACAUAAUCCCAGCAGCCGUUAACUCUUUGUGUUCCAGACUGAAUGAACUCGUAACGGCGUCGGACCACAGGAGCAGUGACAGCACACAGAUCUCAAUCAGCCGAGGCUCCGCCUCCUCGCCAGCAGAUUUAAACGAGCUGAAAGGAGCUGAAGGUUCAUGAGCGGGACCGUCAGCCGGGUCUGAUCUGCUGAUGAGCGAGGGCAGACGGGCCUGCAGACGGCUCUGCAGACGGCUCUGCAGACGGACCUGCAGACGGCUCUGCAGACGGGCCUGCAGACGUAGACGUGUGUCACUCAGAUCUGUAUUUGAGUGACAGGUGGUCAGGCGGUCUGGUUCUGGUCUCUGCUCUAGCUCUUUACUCUUUGGACCUCCUGGUUCUGGUACCUGACAGAUCCUUCAGAGCUGGACCGACUCUGGAUGAGAAAGUGGGCGGAGUUUAACAGUUCAGGAGUUAGCUGCAGAUCUUUGUGGACCUUUUGGGUCCGCUGAAGAAGUUCUAGUCUAGGGUCUAGAGUGAGUAGUCUGGAUCAGGACCAGGUCUACAUCCAGGACCUCCAGCCUGAGCUCAGAUCCCGGUCUCUAAGGAUCCUGGUCUGCAGACUUGGUAAUAACAGAACCGUUUGGACCAGAUCCUCUAAUCCUCUAAUCCACUCUUGUCUCCUCUGCCUCCUUGUUUCCUCCACUCUUGUCUCCUCUGCCUCCUUGUUUCCUAUCCUGAAUCCCUUUAAACCCCCCCUUGGUUCCAGCUGUCCUCUGUCUGAACCUGAACCCCCCCCCGGAUCUGUUGGGUCGAGCCGACCUCAGAUGGUUCUUAAUCAGUUCUGACGGACCGGAGCGGUUUCAGAUCUGAACCUCUUUGUUGGCUGUUUGGGAACCGAGGGGGGGGGGGGGGGGGGACUCGGUCCUGAUUUACUCUCAGAGUUUAUCAUGAAGAACUCACUCUGACACACAAACACACACACACACACACACACACACACACACACACUCCUUGUUUCCUCCACUCUUGUCUCCUCUGCCUCCAUGUUUCCUCCACUCUUGUCUCCUCUCCAAACAGACAGCACGCCGUCCGGACCCUCAGGGUCAGGGUCUAAACACAAAAGAGAACAUGAAGCGGCGCUGAAAUCUGCUGGGGGGGGAAACCACCUCAACAAAGUCAACGCCUACUUCCUGUCCCUCGGCUGGGGGGGUCAGGGAUCAUCAUCGAUGGUUCUUAAUCAGUUCUGACUGUGCGUGAGCGGUUUCAAAGAUCUGAACCUCUUUGUUGGCUGUUUGGGAACCGAGGGGUGUGUGUGUGUGUGUGUGUGUGUGUGUGUGUGUGUGUGAGGUAUUCCCCGACUUUGUGAGAACAUGUACUCGACAUAAUUUACAGUCCACAUUACUCUGCUUCAUGUCCGACCUCCAAAAACCAAAAUACCUCCACACCACCGACGUUUUCCUAACGCCAGUGUUGUGGUUGACAUUGAUGUGGUCAUCUGUUGAGCCUUCAUGGUCAUUUCUGUCGGGGGUAGCACUCAUUUUCUUUGUUUCUCACCAACAGUGCUGUCGGCUUCACCUGUUAAAGUGCUAUGGUUGGGUGGAGCUGCUGUCUGCUACGACGCUGCAGUUGGUUGAUACUUGGUUCUAAUUCAGAACAUGAUUGGUUCAGACCCGGAGACACUCCCCUUUUCAUUGGCUGUUCGUAUAGUCGACCAAAACAUGUCAGAAUGACGACUAUUGAAAAGCAUAUUGAUCAUGUUUGAUAUUGAUAUUGAGGGAAAUUAAUUUUAGAUAUUCUUUCGUUAUCGUUUUAUCGCCCGGCCUUAAUCAGAACAAAAACACCUGGAUCCUCAGGUGUGUCUCUGAAAGUGCGUCUCCUGUUAGACCCCACCCCCCUCCUGAAUGAGAAGCAUGUGUCGGAGGACAAAGACGUGUCUGUCCCUCUGCGGUCCUGGACCGUCCGGCCCCAGACUCUGACCCUGGUCUCAUGAUCCUGAUCAGAUUUUCUCAGCUGACUCACACUGAUGAGCUGCUUUACUUACUUUAGUGAAGAAUCUCCUGUUAGAGUCACUUUAUGAACUCAUUAUUAUUACUCUCAGGUGUUCAUUCACUUUAUGAACACAUUAUUAUUACUUUCAGGUGUUCAUUCACUCUGGAUUUCAUGUUUUCACCCUCUGGAAACAGAAUCUACAAAAUCUUCGAUCCGCCUGUUUUCUAACUGAGACUCCUGCAGCUUUGACUAAUCCUGCUUACAACCACGCUGAGUCACACUUCAUUCAUUCAUAUUCAUUCACUCAUUCAUUCAUUCAUUCAUUCAUAAGUGGCCUGCAGGGUCCUGCUCCACGUGGCUGAGGUCUGAGAUGGUCCUGAUAAAGGACGGUCUGUAAUGAAAGUGAGAGCAGAUGUUUCUAAUUUGGUGAAAAUAGUUUUUUCUUUUUUUGAAACGCAGACGGCGGUUCUGGCCGUACUGAUGGUUCUGAUGGUUCUGUCGGCGGUUCGUAAACAAUGACCCAUUUUCUGAGGACUAUGAAAACCAGACCGAGUCCUCUGGACUGUAAAUGAGAUCUUUGUGUGUUUUUUGGGGGGUCCUGGACUCGGUUUAUGGACCCUGUUCCUGGAGCAAAAAAAGAAACUCAGCAUAAAUAGUUUUCAUGUGAUUUUGCGCCUGCAGCAGAUAAUCUGAUCAGAGCUUCAUCUCCUCCACUUUAACCAGAUUAUCCUCCUCUCAGAGACAACAGGAGCGUCUUUGACUUCUCACCCCGCAGCAGCAGCUUCGAUCAGCAGCUCUUUGUCUCAGACUCACUUUUCACUCCGAGCUGCUGUAAGUGAGCGAGUGAGCGAGCGAGUGAGCGAGUGAGCAGGUGUCUGCAUGUCUCUGAGAUAAUCUCGGUUGACUGAGAGGUUGUAAAAGUGCAGCUCCAUGUGUGUUUCCUUUGGCCUCCUUCCAACAGAGUGAUGCUAAUCCCAAAGAAAGUCAACAAGCACCUCCUCACAGCUCCGUCUCCUGCCUGCAGCAGAACUUUCAUGUUUGUUUAGGAUCUUUGGUGGAGCGAGAACGUUUGAUAUUUUAGGACGUCCGCAUGUUCGAGGAGGUGUGUUUUUAUUUUUAUACAAGAGCUGCAGAGUUUUCAGCUCCGAGGCUGUGAGGGUUUUCUUUAUUUAGGGGGUGACGGUUGUCAAGGGCAACCAGUCUACAACCAGCGCACAAACCAUCGUCAUACGAGAAAUCCGACUCUCUAUGACUCUCGUCCUGAAGUCGUCCUUCAGGUCGUUAUCUUUGUAAUGUUUGUGUUUUUAUCAAAAAUCACUCUGUUCUCCGACACGUAAACAAUCAGCCGGUCGGCCAUGUUGGAUAUACCGGUGAAUCUGAUUGGUCAGAAGUGGACACACAGUCUGAGAAACUUUUAAAAAAUCGACCGUGAUCCGAAAAAAUAAAUGCCGCAAUAUCGCAGGACGGGAAAACGUCGCUGAUGUGAACGCUUGUAUUGACAGGAUACGGGUUCAAAAAAAUACUGACGUCCGAAAUAAUCUCAGGAAUAAAACGGUCCCAGUGUGAAACGACCUUAAAACUCAAGAUAAGGAAACACUGGAGGUUUUAAAUCUAAAUCGAAAGUAACGAUAUGAAAAUACAAUAUGAGUAUGAAAUUUGAGAAACAAUCAAUGAUAUGAAGUAAAAACAGUAAAAGAAACUAAAAUAAGAACACCAAAAUAAAAGACGAUCCUGUCAUUAAAACUAGAAAGAGACAAACUCUAAAACAUUUAAAGUUAAUGAGAUAAAAUUUAAUAAAAAAAACUAAAAAGGUUUGUUUCCAGUUUGGUUUUAAAGUCCUUCAGAUUAGCUUCAGUCCUCAGGUCUUGGAUCCCAGAACUGAUUGGAUCUGUCAGAACAUUCAGGGUCAAGUUCAGCUGCAGGAUCACAGACUGGUAUUUUGACCCUCCAGAGCCUCCGUAGUCGUAAGUCUGACCUCAAUGUCAGAGGUUAGAGGUCAGGACCCAGAAACACUGAGACUUCUGUAUGACUUGACCUCUGACCUUUUGAAGAGAGUCGAUCUGCCUCUUACAGGCUCAUUAUGGGAUUAACCUCGCGCUCUAAUCUCACACAGGAAACGCCUCCUCGCCUCCACCGCCAUGUUUUCGGUUUAAACACUUCUAAUCUGGUUCAUGAUCACUUUAAUGUGAUCAACUGGACCGGGUCUGAGAACAGAUACUGGACCGGGUCUGAGAACAGAUCCUGGACCGGGUCUGAGAACAGAUCCUUGACUGUUGGAGCCGCUCUCA